AUGGAGAUGACGUCAGAAGGCGCUUCAAGGGGCGGAGGGCGCCGCGAAGGGGGGACCAUGCUGACGUGGCGCGACGAUGUAGCUGUAGCGGAAGGGCAAACGGAGAUGGGGGAAGGGGGAAAGGAGGAAGGGGCGGGAGAAUCAGCGAUGGCGGAGGGGGAGGCGGAAGGGGAGCAUGCGGAGGGAGGGGAGGAGCGCGCAAACCCUGCUAGCCCGUCUAUUGCGCCAGACGCAGCGCUCGCCACGGCAUUCCACGCGCGGGAGCAAGGGGCGGACAAAGCGCCUGAAGCGCUGCGCGCUGCCUCGGGGGACGAGGAGGCGGCGCGGGAAGCAGAGGGCGCGGAAAGAGGGGUGGGGAUGGGGGAUGGGCGGAGGGAGGGGGGGGAGGGAGGAGAAAGAGGAGGAGAGGGGGGCAAGGAGGGAAGCGUGGAUGGAAGGAGGGACGAGGAUGACAGAGGAGAAAUGGGAGUAGGGGAGGGCGAGAGAAGGGGAUUGGGGGGAGGGGAAGGAGAAGGGCAGGGAGGAGGGGAGGGAGGAGGGAAUGGAGGAGGGGAGAGAGGAAAGGGAGGGAAGGAAGGGGAGGAAAGGGAGGGAGUGGUGAGAGGGAAGGGAGGGGAGUGGGGGUGGCGGUGGGUAGAUGAGAAAGAUGCAUCCUGGCCGCUCUACUCCGCUGCAUCCUGUCCGUUCAUCUUCCCCGGCCAGAACUGCCGAUCCAACGGCCGCAACGACACGAGGUUUGAGCGAUACGCGUGGCGGCAGGGAGGGGAGAGGAGCGGGGACGGCCGGGAGGACUGGGGGGUACGGGAGGAGGUGGGGGGAAAGGAGCGGUCGUGGUGUGACGCGCUGCGGGGCGUGCGGCAUGGGAGAGGGGAAGGUGCAAUGACACCCAAUGGAAUGAUGACACGUGUGGCAUACAUAGGGGACAGCGUGAUGCGCAACAUGUUUGAGAGCAUGGCGCAUGGGGGAGGGGUAGGGGGAGGGGGAAGGGGAGGGGGAGGUAGACCCAUGACACGUGUGGCGUACAUAGGGGACAGCAUGAUGCGCAACAUGUUUGAGAGCAUGGCGUGCAUGCUGCACUCGCACCCCCGGUGUGGCGACAAUCCCGAGGUGGUGCGGGCGAACGUGGUGGAGCGGGUGAUCAGAUGGGACACCUGCAACGUUACCCUCGCUAAUCUCAGCCCAUUCCUGUCCUUCCCGUUCCCCCCAGGAGCAACUUCCUCACCGAGAUCAUUUUUAAGGGCCCCACGCACAGACGAGUUGAGAGGCGCCACUCUCUACCUGUCCCGUCUCACAGCCACACCCACCACAUGCAUUGCUUCUCUUCUACACCCAUCCCCCCUGUCAUCUCACGCUGGUCCUCUUGUCCCCCCCAUCCCCCCCUCCCCCAGGAGCAACUUCCUCUCGGAGAUCUCUUUCAUUCCAAGCGUCGGGCACGCCCGGCAAGCACCAGUGGGCGCAGUCAGCCUGGCCGCCAGCCAAUCCCGAGAAGACACCUGGAUGCCCGUCAUGUCUCAUCACACUCAUUGCUGCCACUUCUAG